AUGGUUUUAGAAGACGCGCGGAUACGCGACUGUUUGGUAGGCUAUGGUUGGGUAAAGAUAUGGUUUCAAAACCGACGGAUGAAAUGGAGAAACUCUAAAGAGCGAGAACUUUUAUCUUCUGGUGGGACUCGAGAGCAAACGCUUCCCACAAAAAACAAUCCAAAUCCAGAUCUGAGUGAUCCGAUUACGAUGGCGUCUUCGUCGGCCUCGCGAUCGCAAUAUACUAAUGGAAACUCAAUGACAACCGCUAACAGUAUUGGUGUCGACAAAGAGGGGCAACCGAUCCCUCAUAUGAAUGCACACAACAACUACUCGCCGGUCAUGUCGUUAUCCAACUAUGAUAUGAACGCAAACCGAAUGCAUGUAAUCGACAAUCAAAUGCAAACCGACGACUCAGACGAUGACGACGACGACGAGGAGGACAGCGACGUCGAGAUCAAAGUGAACGACGAUUAAUGUCUACACAAAACGAAAUCACAAUUUAAUGUACAGUAAAUUAUAUGUGUAUUAUAUUAUACAGUAUAUG